GCCCCGUCCCUGCUCCUCCUCCUCCUCCCGCUCUCGGUCAGGCGGCGGCGGCGGCUGCUGCGGGGCCGCGCGGAGCCUUCUCCACCUGCUCGCCAGGGCCGCCCAGGCCGGACUCCCACGCCCGAUAUGGCUCGUGGACAGCAGAAGAUCCAGUCGCAGCAGAAGAACGCCAAAAAGCAAGCUGAGCAGAAAAAGAAACAAGGACAUGAUCAGAAGGCUGCAGCCAAGGCUGCCUUGAUAUACACCUGCACUGUCUGUAGGACACAAAUGCCGGACCCCAAGACCUUCAAACAGCACUUUGAAAGCAAGCAUCCUAAGACUCCACUUCCUCCAGAACUGGCUGAUGUUCAGGCCUAAAGUUGUCUACAGGUGAAAUCCUGGCACCUCUUGACUCUUCUCCUGUCAGACCUUACAUAACAAACCUGCAGCUGCUUUUCUAAAACUGUUGAUCAGCAAAAAUGAAGGGGCUACAGACACGUUCAUAUUUUUAUGCUGUUCCCUCUCGGGCUUCAUGCAAAGACAAUUCUGUGUAAAUGUACAGUUGUGCCCUCUUUGGAGAUCCUGACAGAUCAGCCCAUACUUGUUAUAAAAGAUUUUUUACAAUUGUAAUUAUAUUGAUGUUGAUAUUGUGUAAAAUAACUCAUUUAAUAAAGUAGUACUUUGAUUUACACUAGCACAGACGGGAUCCUUGUUAGAAGUUCUGCUUCUAAGUUUCUGCAUUAGCUGCCUUACGAAACAAUAAUGAGGAAACAAAAAAAGGCAAGACAAAAGUGGAAUUUUCCCCAGCCUGCCAGAAGGUGAGCAGUGUCAUUCCACUGACAGUAAUGUACAUUACAGUAAGUGACUCUCUUCAGUCAGAAGGGGAGCUGCUCAGAUUUCCUGUGCAGUCUGCUGCCUGCUUGAGCCGCUCAACUCGUGGCCGAGCCGCUGGCUCUGAAGGCACAGCAAACCCCCUCGGAGCUGCAUGAGACUCGUGAGGCUUCCUGCUAGGUGUUUGCCUCGUGCUUUGGAGAGUCUAGUGCUGCUGCAAGCCAUUUGGGAUGGGAUUCCAUUGCAGUGAGGGAUCCUGUUCCUUCAGGUCAUGCACUGGAGAGACUCUGGUUAUCCUUCCUGUUGGGUAGGUGGCUGAGGAAGCUGAGAGGUGGCAGGAUUGAAUGCUGCUGGCUAUACUGGCUUGGAAAUUGAUCACAAAUAACAGGCUAAGGCAGCUCUGCUCUUAGCUGAAAAAUUGAUUGGAAAAGAUUCUUUUUUUAAAUCUAUUUUGAGGAGCCAGCCACACAUUCCCCUUGAAAGAUGUCUAGUUAUUGCAACAGCAGCUCCAAGAAAUAUGCAAAGUAGCCAGCCAUUAAUAACCUUUCUUCACAGCCGGCUUCAAAUAGGCCUGUUGGGAAAGAGCCAGAGUCACUGAAAUAAUAUUGCUACUUUAGGAAGUGGGCUGUGAUUAAAGUUGCAUUGACAAGAAAAAGCUGGAUAAUAGUUCUGUCCAAGAAGGUUUGAGCAGCUAAACCUAAUUACCCUUUGUGUGCUCUGGGCUCAGUUUUAAUCCCAGAUGCACAGCACAGAAUCAGUGGGGAAACAUCUUGAGUUGUGCUGGAAGGUCUGCCACAAAAAUGCCCUCUGUAGCCUUUGGAGGAGGAGGUUUGCUGAAGAGCUCUUGGAGCUUGCAGUAAGAAGCAGUACUGGAACUGCUGUGGUUUGCUGAGGUUACAGCAGAUCUAAAGCUUGUGGCAGCCCAAGUGACCCUUGCUGUGCAGCAGGACUCCACAUCUGACCUUCAAAUGGCUUCCUAAGCUCUAGGACCAUAGUCUCAAAGACUCAUUCACUUAAAAGAAUGCACUUGGUAUUUUAUUAUAUAAAGUCAAAGCCUUUGUCCACUCAUUUGCUCCUUAUUGAACUACUUCUGUGAGACUGGCUUCCUGUCCUCUUUUGCUGUGACAGUACCUCUGUAAAUACUCCUCUGGCAUAAGGUCCCUCUGUGCUGCAGUCACUCCAGGAUGACCUGUACACCACUCACCUUUCUAGAUCCUGUUGUUCUCUGAGUGUAGCCCAGGCUGCACUUGUACACCUGACAUGGGAAUGUAGCACUGCAUCGAGUUUCCUUUCGUGUUGUCUAUGCAUUGAUCCUGCCCAACUGGCUCCCACUCGGCAAGAAACCUGCUCUGACCUUUGUGCUGUAUGGGGAGAGGUACUGAGAUGUUCUGAUGCUGUAGCUGAGUGCAAAUGGAUAAAGAUGUUUGUUGCACUGAC